AUGGAUUUGAAGCCAACGUGUGUUUUUCUUUUUUUAGCUUUGUUGGUUUAUCUCUUAAUCAUUUUUUUCAACCUCACAUUGAUUGUGACCAUUAUUUUAGAAAAAUCUUUGCAUGAGCCUAUGUAUCUCUUUCUGUGUAAUCUGUGUUUAAAUGAACUGUAUGGAACAUCAGGCUUUUAUCCUAAACUUAUAUAUGACUUAUUUUCCUCAUCAUAUAUGAUUUCAUAUACUGGGUGUAUGAUGCAGGCAGUUAUUAUAUACUCAUCUUUUAUGUGUGAGUUCACAACUUUAGUUGUAAUGGCUUAUGAUAGAUAUGUUGCAAUAUGUAGACCAUUAGAGUAUAACAACACUGUCAGUACCCAGACAGUGAAAAAAGCUCUUUUAUACACAUGGAUAUUCCCUUUUAUUUUAGGGUUCCCUAAUGUUAUGCUUGCCAGCCAACUGCCAUUAUGUGGAUCAAAUAUCGAUAGACUUUAUUGUGAUAACUGGUCUUUUGCCAAACUGUCUUGCAUUCCUGCUAAAAUUAUCAAUAUAUAUGGCUUUACUCUGCUUGGCAUAUUUAUGGCACAUGCCUUGAUUAUCAUGUAUUCAUAUCAAAGGCUACUUGUUGCUUGUAAAAAUUCUGCAGAUAACAAAAAGAAGUUCAUAGGCACCUGUGGUCCACAUUUGCUGUCACUGAUAAACUUCACUACAGCUGCACUUUUUGAUUUACUCUUCAGUCGCUAUGGAUCAAAAGACUUUCCAGAUCAUCUACAGAAUGCUUUUCAAGUUGAGAUUCUUGUCAUCCCUCCUCUUCUUAACCCACUUAUAUAUGGCCUUAGACUUUCAGAGAUCCGCAAGAGACUUUUUCGAAAACAGCAGAUUAUGCUCAGCCAUGCCCUGCUGCCAAAUAGCUCCACAGCCUGCCUCAGACCAUGA